UUUACAACCACGUCACCAGGAAAUACAUCCCCAACUUCCAACAUGCUGAGACAGGACUCGCAAGACGCUCCUCUUUUUGGUGAAGAUGACGGUAACACAGGAGCAAGAAGGUCCAAAAUAAGACAUCCGAUGGUCUCGUUCUUCCAUCUCUUCUUCCGAACAAGUGCCAUCUUGGUCUACUUACUGUGUGACAUCUUCAGCAGUCGUUUCAUUGCCUGCAUGGUCACCAUCAUCCUCCUGCUGUCAUGUGACUUCUGGACCGUGAAGAAUGUAUCUGGCAGACUGUUGGUGGGCCUUCGGUGGUGGAAUCAAGUGGAUAAAGAUGGAAAGAACCACUGGGUGUUUGAGUCAAGGAAGACACAGAGCCUGAGCACGACGUCCAGUGCUGAGUCACAGAUCUUCUGGCUCGGACUCAUCGUGUGCCCCAUCUUCUGGAUCUUUUUUGUGUUCAGCACCAUCUUCUCUUUCAAGAUUAAAUGGCUGGCUGUCGUCAUCAUGGGCUUGGUCUUACAAUGGGCGAACUUGUACGGCUAUGUCAGAUGCAAGUUGGGUGGACAGACCAACCUGAGACACAUGGCACAGAAUUAUCUUGGGGCCCAGCUUUUUAAACAGGCAAUGAAGAAGACAGAGGAACCUUGACGUUGAAGAUGGACUAGUGACGACACAUCUGCAGUGUCAUGGACUCUUUAUAUCUUCUUGCUACCUGUUGGUCUUUUCUGAAGGGGAAUGGGUUUUUCUUAUUUCACUCAAGUUUUUGAUACAACUGAUUUUGUAUGUGUUUUUCCUCUGAAAUCAUUGACUGAUUGAUACGUUCAGGAAAUAAUUUCCAAACCUGUUAAUGCGAAUAAAAAAAAAAACCAGCUUGCUUUUGAGAAUAAAUGUAAUACAGUAGUGUUGGCAGUGCAUCAGUUCAGAGCACAGAUAGUGUUAUUAUUUCUACUGAUGUAAGGUAAUUUUGAAAUGUAAACUGAGGUUACCACAAAACUAGCACAUUCCCUAACGUACUUAAAUUUAUCUUAAGAUAGGGGUUAAGAAGGUAAUGUUUAAACGCCGUUCUCCUGAUGGGAAUGGAUCAAGGGGAUGCCUUAAAUUCAAGGCAGUUUUGUUGUUAAAAAGCAUUAUUUUUACGUAACACUUUUGUAACUUUUGACUGCUCAGCAUCUCUGAAUGUACUGUAUACUGUUGUGAAAAGGGCUUUUUGGGGACAAUUUACAUAGGUAUAGAUGUUCCCAUAGUGUGCCUAAUGUUUAAAUGAGGAGUGUGGGUCUUCAAGUUAUACUGCUGCUUUAUGUUGCUU